CCACCACCAGACCUCUCUACUGCCACCACAAUGGAUCUGGGCGACGAAGGCAGUUCUCCGUGGGGAGAUGUGCCGUCGCGAUCAAACUCGAGCAACAAUCUAUCCAAAUCGAAUGACGAUCACCUCAAGGCGUCAGAACCCCUCGAAUCUUCCAAGAGCACCGCCGCCUCCGUUCCCAAUGUCUCUGCAGCCCCGCGAUCACCAGCUGGUCGCGGACGCAGGCGGCAAUAUGGCACCCAGCCCACUCGACUAGAAGCUGUAGAUGACCCUCUUGGGCCAUUGGGAGCUCCAACACCACCUUCGCAAGUUGAUGAACCUCCGGCGCCUCCGCAGAAAGAGAUCGCAUCGGCGCGUAGGCAACCCGCAAACUCGUCGACAACAUCUAUCCGGAGCAUGAUGGACUCGGUCAAUCUUGACGAUGACGACGAGGACAAUGUUACGGCAGGACCGCGGAUACCGCCCCCGGUGCAACCAGCAAACAACACCGCACCUCAGCGGCAGAUACAGCCCAGCGUCAGCGUGGAGCAGGCAGCGAAGCCGUCCUUUCACAUCACCGUGGGAGAUCCCCACAAAGUGGGAGACCUCACCAGCUCGCAUACGGAAUACACUGUCACGACAAAGACUACCUCAAAAGGCUACCGUAAUCCCGAGUUCACCGUCUCUCGCCGCUUCCGUGACUUCUUGUGGCUAUAUACCCAACUUCAUAACAACAACCCCGGCGUCAUCAUUCCGCCGCCGCCAGAAAAGCAGGCAGUGGGAAGGUUCGAUCCAGACUUCGUCGAAUCGAGAAGGUCUGCCCUAGAACGGAUGCUGAACAAGACCACGGCACAUCCAAUAUUACAGCAUGACGGAGACCUGAAGCUUUUCUUGGAAAGCGACGCCUUCAACGUCGAUGUUAAGAACAAAGAGCGGAAAGACCCAGGCCUGAGCGAGAGCAAGGGCAUGUUUGGCUCCAUCGGAAUAUCUGUUGGUGGAGGUGGAAAAUUUAUCGAGCACGAUGAUUGGUUCCACGACCGAAAGGUCUAUCUCGAUGCUCUCGAGAACCAGCUCAAGGCUCUCCUCAAAGCUACAGACACUGUAGUCACACAACGAAAAGGACUCGCCGAGGCAUGUGGAGACUUCUCAGCAUCACUACAUUCGCUCGCUGCUGUUGAACUUUCGCCAUCUCUUUCGGGCCCGCUUGAUGGCCUAUCGGAUAUACAAAUUCGCAUUCGUGAAUUGUAUGAGCGCCAAGCUCAGCAAGAUGUUUUGACGCUAGGCAUUGUUAUUGACGAGUACAUUCGUCUCAUUGGGUCGGUCAAGACAGCAUUCCAGCAGCGACAGAAGGCGUAUCACACAUGGCACAACGCCGAGUCGGAGCUGCAGAAACGCAAGACGAACCAGGACAAGCUUCUCCGGCAAGGCAGGUCACAGCAAGACCGACUGAAUCAGCUUAGCGCAGACGUUGCGGAUGCUGAACGACGUGUUCACCAAGCGAGGUUGCUGUUCGAAGACAUGGGCCGGUUAAUGCGAGCGGAGUUGGACAGGUUUGAAAGGGAGAAGGUUGAGGACUUCAAGUCUGGCGUGGAAACUUAUCUGGAGAGUGCGGUGGAAGCGCAAAAGGAGCUAAUAGAGAUAUGGGAAACGUACUUGAUGCAACUGGAUGCCGAAGAUAGCGAGGGCUUCGGAUACGCUCAUCCUCCGGCGGGCGUCCAGGCUGCGCCACUACCAUCAGACUCCAAGGCGGAUGAGAACGACAGGCCGGCGAGCCAGGGGACGGACACGGAUACUCUUGCGACGGGAGAUUCGACACGAGACUUGGACGACUAGUUGUACAUAUACCAGCCGCGCCUCUUAAUCUACUUCAUUGCUCCUCGAACUGGUACUGCUCUGCUUAAGAAAUGGUAUUACUUUGCCAGCGUUAGCGAGUAAGGGCGAAGGCUCAUUCUUCGUUGUGCGUAUAUAUACAGUCGACACAUUAAGUACAUACAUGCACGGAGAAGCGCAACCGUUUGAAGCUCAAGAGUGGGGUAUCGCAAUAGCGGAGGCUCGUCCCAGUGUGGGGAGAUCCGGAUAGCGUAAGUACAACCUCAGGCCUAGAAGCAUAGCUACCCCAGAUUUCUCCCCUUCCACGCGUCCCCCAAGACGGCACGUUGUAGCUAUCUCCAGCCUUGUUCUCGAUGAUCUGAUAAGGGCGAGCAUUACUUGCCCAAAGCGUGCUGGCGCUGGAUGCGAUUCCCUGCAUCUCAC